CAAAAUGGCGGGUACCGAACCGGAGAAUAAGUCUUAUGUAGACUUACGAGAAAAGCUUAACAAGAAUUCAUCUACCAACAAAAAGCAGUUCUGGGAGAAUAGAAAGCGGAAACGUGACCAAAAUGUUGUUUCACAUCGCCAAUAUCCAACGCAUGACAGAGAAAUUGAACUGCAGAAAGUUCAUCAAGGAAUUCGUCAGCGAAUUUUAUUCGAUAAAGAGGAAUGCGACAAAAUUGAACAAAAAAUCGACGAAAUAGUUCAUUGUGCAGAUGAGGGAAAUUAUAAAAGCAGAACAGUUGAUAGAGCACCAUUACGCGUUAAAUAUUUCUUCGGAGAGGGCUACACGUACGGGAAACAGCUCACAGAGCGAGGACCCGGACAGGAGAGACUUUUUCCUCGGGGAGAAGUCGAUGAAAUUCCGCAGUGGAUUUAUGAUUUGGUUGUAUUGCGGCUGGAGAAGGCUGGAAUCGUGCCUAAAGGCUUUGUGAACAGUGCUGUGAUUAACGACUAUCAACCCGGAGGUUGCAUAGUUUCGCACAUCGAUCCACCACACAUCUUUGACCGUCCAAUUGUUUCGUGUUCGUUUUUCAGCGAAUCCUCGCUCAGUUUUGGCUGCAAAUUCAGUUUCAAACCUAUUCGCACAUCAACGCCAGUCUUAACACUUCCACUACCUCGAGGCUGCGUGACAACUUUAAGCGGUUAUGCAGCCGAUGACAUCACACAUUGUAUCAGACCUCAAGAUGUGAAAGCAAGAAGAGCUGUGAUCAUUGUAAGGAGAGUAUAUCCAGAUGCACCAAGACUUGAACCAUUAAUUAAUGGCAGCAAGGAUCAAGAUGGGGAAAGUAACAGAGACAGUGAUGAUGAUGAAGAUGAAGAAAAUGAUGAAGAGCCCCCAUCACCCAAGAAGAAACGUGUGGUGUUGAAAAGGAACUUUAAACGUCCCAGCCAAGAAGCUAAGAAUACCUCUGAUCAGUAAGGAGACUGAUAAUUUGAUCAAGUGAUGACAGUCCAGCAGAGGAUAUAAUAUUGGUGCAAGACAUCAGAAAUAGCUUCAGUGAAGGUUCAGUUGGACAAACAUCAUUCUGGCUGGGGCCAGAGCUCAGUCCUUCCCAUGGAUCUAAGACAGGCUUGUGUAGUUUAACCUUAUAUAUGUUGUGACUUGCUGUUCAAGUCACAAAUGAUAGUUGCAGUCUAUAGGUUAGAUCUGUGUUGUGGCUUUCUUUUGCCAGUCAUGUUUAAUUCAAAUUUUUCUCAUUCUGUUAUGUAGACUUUGCCUCUAUUGUAUAGUUUUUAGUCAAGAUCUUUUAAAUUGCUUUCAAUCUGUCAAGCUUCCUGAUCUGUCAGUAGUGUGCAAAUGUAUUGGUCAAUUUUGAAACUUGUCAUUUGCUCAUUAUAUUGGUGACUGUUUAUCUUGAAAAGCAACUGGCCUUUAAAGUGACCAAAAUGAUUUCAAUUUCUUAGUUCCAUCCUAUGGUUUGUGAAAAGUAAUACUUGAUUAUUUGGAAUGCCAAUGUGAUCCUUUCUGCAAUUUGAAUUUCUUUGGACAGAUACUGACGAUUUUUUUACAACCCUAGUAAUGCUGAAUAAUGAGGGCAGAAUUGGGGAUUUCAGCUCUCAGGAAGUCAAGGUGUUCAAAAUUCCAUAGACAUAAAUUCCUGUCAUAUCUGUAUGAGUACUGAUUUUAUCUGCCCUGUUCUAUACUGCCUUUUACAACAUAGACCCAAAAUCUUUUUCAUUCUUCUCAAAAUGUUUUCCACCAGAAACACUGACAAACUCAGUGAGGUUUGCUUAAGGAGAACAAAACUAUCUCCUUUCAUUGGAGGGGUUGGUGAAAAGGUCAUUUUUGACAUAAGCAGUUUUUGUUCAGAUGCUGGCAAUAAAAGAUAUGAUCAUAAAAUGAUUUUUAAACCAUAGAAUGGAACUAAAGACAUGAAAAAAAACCCAAAUAAGUGGUACUUCAAUCACCAUGUUGAUUAUUGGUCGGAAAAAAAAAACACUAUGGAAGUUAUAGUACUGUACAUAUACAUUGCCAUAUGUCAGCCUUCCUUCCCAAGUUAUUUAGGCACUGUAUAUUGUAUAUACAAAGAUUUACCCAAAGGUAUAUUAUCAUGAAGGUAGCAUGUACUUCCAAAGAAGUUGGUUUACAAAGCAAUUGCCUGUUGGGACAGUCUGAAGGAAGGUGUUUUUGUUAAUGAUGUGUCCCUUGUACUUUAUCCUUUCAAUUCAUAUUCUCUUAGUUUUAAGCUACAACCUGUUUUGCAGCAUUUGCAAGAAUUUCAAUUUAUGAUAAACUUUUAUCAAGCAACCUUUAGAUUUGCCCAAAAAAGUACAAGGAGAAAUGGAAACCUUCAUAUCGUUGGGUGCUAUAUAUAAAGAUGUACUCCACUAGUUAGUUUCAGAAUCACAUUUGAAUCAUUUUUUUGGUAAAUUGUUUACACAAUUGACCAUUUUGUGGCUUAACAUUGGAACAGAACUCUAUGGUAAUGAAUUAAAGUGUAGUUUGAUCAGAAGCUGUGUAAAAUAUGUCAAAGAAUGCAGUCAAUAUUCUAUUUUGGGACAACUUUUGAUUUACAUGCAACAGAAUGUUGUUUUCAGUGAAAAUGGAAAUCAAAUCAUACAUGCUUGCUUUCUGAACCAAAGUAAAUAAGAAACAUGACAGUUUCUUUUGGCAAGUACCAGCUUUGUUUUGUCAAACUAGAACCGUUAAUUUCUGAAUGCAUUGUUAAUAAUUUUUAUUUAAUUAAAAACCUUUAUGCUGUACAAGGUUUCCUAAGCAGACAAGACACAUUUGUUGUGGGGCAGUUGGUUCUCAGGAAUUUUUUUGUAUUUGGCCUGUACUAGAUAAUUUCAAAUUGUGUACCAGGCAGUUUAAGGUUAUGCAUGGUUCUGUGGCAAUUCAAAUGAAAUCGAUGUAUUACUAAAGAACAUAUCUUUAUAGGGAGACUCUUACAAUAUGUCCAUGAGUGAAAAAAAUGAGGCCAUUUAAUUGAAAACUACUAAUUAAUAUAUUCCUUUAGCACCCUAACAUCAGUAUGCAUCUUCUCCAUAUUGUUCUCUCUACAUUUCUUAAGGUGCUGACAAGGAGAAUUUGUUGAACAAUCAAGAGUUUCUUUAGUUGGUGAUCAUGUCCUUAAUUCUCAUGACCUUAAUGUGUGUGAUGCAGGGGUGUUAUUGAAAGGAGAAAUAAGAUUCUAGUCUCUCCAAGGGGUUGGAGGGUUAACUCCCCUAAGUGACUAAGACGGAAUUUCUCCUUACAAUAUCAAUUUACUAUGAAGCAGACAAGUAUGAGAAUAAAGAAAAAUAAUAAUUAGGGUAUUAUUAGUUGAUCCAUUACCAAAUUAUUGGAACUAACAUGAGAAUUGUUUGCCGGACAGGAAGGGGAAUUGUAAUGAGGUCUUGGGUGUUAAAGGGUUAAAAAUCUUCCUGUUAGAUUUUUUCCUGAAUACUUUUUAAACUUUGCUAUUAUGUGACAUAGGGAGGUAAAUUUGACUGUGAAUAGAUUGUUUGUGUUUUGCCUGGAGCAACUCGUUCAGGGAUAAAAAGGCUAUGUGUACACCCACUAGUAUGAGUAAUUAGUAUUGUGAAGACAAAUUAUUUACGUGACCAUAUUCUACGCUGUAAAUAUUCACAAUGUAUACCUGCAAUACAUGAAUAAGAAAAUGUUUAUACCUGCAUGAAUGUGAUUACUUUGAUUGAAAAAAUUGAAAAUCUUCUAGAAAAAACGUCAAGAGGAAACUCGAUUCAAGGAUUUUCCACAGGUAAAACGAGAAAACGAGGCCAAAACUAAACAAAAUUUUCCGAAAUGCCUCACUGAUUCACUAAAGGACGUAACCUUGGACAAUUUUCAGAACUUGCAAAGGUGACAAAAAAAAAUCUCCAACCGUUAACUGUUACUGAAUGACCCCAGGCAAGAUAUAAUCUAGUGCCCUAGCAAAUUAUCGCAAUGUUGUUCAUGAUCGGAGUAAUAUUUAUUAUGGUGCAUGUACAGAUAGUAACUCUAACGUCGGUAGCGGUCGUUUUUCGUCGUUUCUUGACUAGCGGUGCCAUUUCUUCUGGAAAUGUUGGUAGAAGCGGUUUUCUCAAUCGCUGGGGUAACCAAGCUUGGUAGAAUGUGUUUUAAAUAUAGCCAAAAUUUAUUUUAGAAGCCAAGAGACUGAGUUAGUUCCGAUCGCGCUAUAAUUAAUGACUUUUCUAAAGUGGAAAAAGUAUAUUUGCAGUUCAAUCAUUUCCUCUGUACGACUCAUUUCAUGAUACAAAGAGUGGAAAAAAACCCUCAAACCUUUUGCAGGAUCAAAGACAUUUUGCAGAUAGGCCAAGAACUUUGAAAAUACGCUUACCUUCAAUCAUUUAAAAUUAUUAGCUUAGAGAAUUCGAAAAGCCAGAUCGCAGAAUAUUGCAAUUUGGUGUGACAAAGAUCAGAUCAGAGGUGUAUUCAAACUUAAUCUGACAUGGUCUGAUAUACAAUAUCCUAUUAAAACAUGCUCUUAGUCGCUUUUGUGGCACCUCUUCUUUUUUCUCAGAAAAAUGAAAAUUAAACAACUGAAGCAACUGUAACAUUAGAAUGUAUAGUUUCUGCAAAGAAUGUUUUUAGGCUCACUGUCAAGACCCUAAUCAGGAGUACUUCAGCGGUGCAUCAUACCUACAGCUCAUAGUAAGACGCUCUUAGAAGAAUAAGAGGUUAAUAUGGGAUUAGUUAAAUAGUGUUUGGUGUUUCUAAGCACCCAUUCCUCCGAUUGUUUGCGCAAAUAGUAUCCACGCUCUAUCAGUUAGAAUAAGCAGAUCAUCUCUUAAUGUCUUGCGCUUUUGCUUGACCCAAUGUUAUUUCCUUUGGUGAAAUAAAGCUUCAGGAGAGC